AUGACUUCAAAUUAAAUGGAAUUAGAGUUUAAUAGAUUCUAAAAAUAAUCCUCUUUUACAUGUGCUAAAGAAAGAUUAAAAUAGGUUCGUUAGGGAUCUAAUUAACAAUCCUAAAACACACCUUAAAACAAGAGUGCAACAUUUUCUUUUAAGAAUUAGAAAAUAAAAUUUAGAUUUCCUCUAAUUGAUGAACUAAGUUUAGAUUCCAGAUCAAUAUAAUAAGAAUCGAUGGAGAGAUGUUAUUAAUAAAGGUUUUUAGAAAAUCACUAUUCACAAAAUAAGGAUUUCACAAAAACAUCUAUAGAAAUGGAAGAAGAAAAUAAGGAGAAUAUAAAUAAUAUUCUUAUAUAGCAACCUUUUUAUGAUAUUAACAAAAUAGUAGCAUCUUCUUAAAUCAGCAUUUCUAGUAAUCAGUAAAUCUAAAAUAAAAUGAAUGAGCAAUAUUUUUGA